UCACAUUCACUUUGCUGAGGAGAGGUAAAACCAGUCCUGGUCUUUUAGAAUCUGAAACAGCUAUUUUGGCGUCAGAGACAUUAGAAACAGCAAACGAGGCUGUUUGUCCUAUGGGCCCUCUCCUCCUUGUUUUGUUGAAGCAGACCCUUCAAUAAAUGAUCUCAGCCUUUCACCGGUACAGCGCGCCUUGCCUCACGCGUACCGCACGCUCGGAGCGCUGUCUCAGCAAGGACCGGUGUUUUUCCACAGACAACCUCUGCGGCGGCCGCACUCCUCGGGCCUGCCGUGCUGCCCUGUUGCUGCCCGCUUCCCUGCCCCCGCCCGUUCCCUUCUCCCUCCCGCCGGCCGGGGCGGGCCCGGGUUUGAAUGGCGUGGCGGGAAGAUGGCGGCGGCACCAUUAUCUCUCCGAGCGGUGCCGCUGCAGCCUCGGCCGCGAGGUUCGGCGGCGGCAGAUCCCACACGCCGGGGCGGGCCGUGCCACCCGGCGCCGCCGCUCCCCGCCGCGUUGUGCUGAGCCCCCCGCCCGGCCUCGACCUCUCCCUGCGCCGCAGCGGCUCGGCAGGGCAAUAUCAGCAGGUAAAUGUUCCUGAAGACCAAGCAGACAAGUUGCUCCUUGCAAGCUGGGGUCUUCCCAAAGCAGUUCUGGAGAAAUACCACAGCCUGGGAGUAGUGCAGAUGUUUGAAUGGCAAGCAGAAUGCCUGAUGCUUGGACAAGUUCUGGAGGGGAAGAAUCUCGUUUACUCAGCUCCUACCAGUGCUGGAAAGACUCUGGUUGCAGAAUUGCUUAUUUUGAAGCGAGUCCUGGAGACUCAUAAAAAAGCUCUUCUCAUCCUUCCCUUUGUCUCUGUGGCCAAGGAGAAGAAAUGUUACCUGCAGGCCCUGUUUCAGGAGGUGGAUGUGAGAGUUGAAGGCUACAUGGGAAGCAUGGCUCCUGCUGGACGUUUCUCUGCUCUGGAUAUUGCUGUCUGCACCAUUGAGAAAGCCAAUGGACUAAUCAAUAGGCUCAUAGAAGAAAACAAAAUGGACUCACUGGGAGUGGUGGUUGUGGAUGAGUUGCAUAUGCUGGGAGACUCUCAUCGAGGAUAUCUACUGGAACUCCUCCUGACCAAAGUGAGAUAUGUUACAGAAAAGGUAGCAAAAAGACACACAGAGAGCACCAGUCCUGGAUUUGGUGGGAUACAGAUAGUAGGCAUGAGUGCUACCCUCCCCAACCUGGGGCUCCUGGCCUCAUGGUUAGAUGCAGAGCUCUACUGUACAGAUUUCCGCCCUGUGCCCCUCAAGGAGUGGGUGAAAAUUGGCAGCAACAUAUAUGACUCCUCCAUGAAUUUAGUGCGAGAAUUCCAGCCCAAGCUGCAACUGAAGGGAGACGAAGACCAUAUUGUGAGCCUGUGUUAUGAGACUGUUUGUGGUGGCCAUUCAGUCCUGCUCUUCUGUCCAUCCAAGAACUGGUGUGAGAAGCUGGCAGACAUCAUUGCCAGGGAGUUCUACAGUUUGCAACAAACUGAGAGUUCUGCAAAAAACUCAGGCCUUGCCCCAGUUGUUGUGGACAGAGAAGGGAUUGAUGAGGUCCUGGAUCAGUUAAAGCGUUCGAUUUCAGGCCUGGACUCUGUGCUCCAGCGUACUUUGCCAUGGGGAGUGGCAUUUCAUCAUGCAGGUCUGACUUUUGACGAGCGGGACAUCAUUGAGGGAGCCUUUCGGCAGGGCCUGAUCCGAGUGCUGGCAGCGACCUCCACGCUCUCGUCGGGAGUGAACCUGCCCGCACGCCGCGUCAUCAUCCGCACGCCCACCUUCGGUGGCAGACUGCUGGACAUCCUCACCUACAAGCAGAUGGCUGGAAGGGCUGGCAGGAAAGGGGUAGACACAGAGGGUGAGAGCAUUUUAGUCUGCAAGCCCUCAGAGAGAUCAAAAGGUGCUGCUCUACUUCAGGGAUCUCUCAAGCCUGUUUGCAGCUGUUUGCUGAGAAGAGAAGGGGAAGGUGUUGCUUCUAGCAUGAAAAGAGCAAUACUUGAGAUCAUAGUGGGGGGAGUAGCCAACACUCCAGAGAAUGUGCAGACCUAUGCCUCUUGCACUUUGCUCGCAUCCAGCUUGAAAGAAAGCAAGUGGGAAAAUGGGAAAGAGCAAGAUAACACACAGGCUGGACCUAUCGAAGCUUGUGUGGCAUGGCUGCUGGAAAAUGAAUUCAUUCAGGUUGUGGACUCUGGCAAUGAUGUGAAAGCAAAGGUUUAUCACCCAACACAUCUUGGCUCAGCUACUCUUUCCUCUUCUCUUUCACCAACUGAAGCCCUGGAAAUCUUUGCUGACCUGCAGCGAGCAAUGAAAAGCUUUGUUCUGGAGAAUGAUCUGCAUAUUGUCUAUUUGGUCACCCCAGUGUAUGAGGAGUGGACCACAAUUGAUUGGUACCAGUUUUUCUGCUUAUGGGAGAAGCUGCCUGCCUCAAUGAAACGUGUGGCUGAGCUGGUGGGGAUUGAAGAAGGCUUUCUAGCUCGCUCUGUAAAGGGCAAAAUCACAGCUAAAACAGAGAAACAGCACAGACAAAUGGCCAUCCACAAAAGGUUUUUCACCAGCCUUGCCCUUCUGGAUUUAAUCAGCGAGGUUCCUUUACAAGAUAUGACCAAGAAAUAUGGCUGUAGUCGUGGUCAGGUUCAAUCCUUGCAGCAAGCUGCUGCCACUUACGCAGGCAUGGUAACAGUUUUCUGUAAUCGACUGGGCUGGCACAACAUGGAGUUGUUGCUCUCUCAGUUCCAGAGCCGCCUCACUUUUGGGGUGCACAGGGAGCUCUGUGACCUGGUGCGAGUGUCUCUGCUGAAUGCCCAGCGUGCCAGGACACUUUACAACGCUGGCUUUGUCACCGUGGCUGAUCUCGCUAAAGCCAGUCCUGAUGACGUGGCAGCUGCUUUGAAGAACUCAGUACCAUUUAAAAGUGUUCGUAGGGCUGUGGAUGAGGAUGAGGAGGCAGCAGAGGAGCGUCGGGCCGUGCGCAGCAUCUGGAUGGCUGGAAUUAAGGGCUUCACUGAAAGAGAAGCAGCCUCUGUCAUUGUGGAGGAGGCCAGGAGGCUUCUGCAGCAGGAUUUGGCACUGAUGGGAGUGCAGUGGAACCCAAAUUCUUUUCUUGAGACUGAUACAUCCUCUGUGAUCAGCAGUGAGUCAGAACUGGAAGACAGAUUGCAUAGAUCAGAUGGAGAGGAGUCUGCUGAGUCUUCAAGGGUGUUAAACAAGAAAGGGUGCAGAGUUCAGCACUGUAAUGGCCUUGGUUCUCAGAUUGAAAACUUAUCAAAUAUUAAAAAGGGAUGUAAAAGGCGACUGAGCAGUAGCACAGAAAGCUCUGUAUUUGAGAGUGAAGUCCUGGGCAGGAAACAGGCUCGAGCAGAGGAAGGCAAGGGUGAUCUUGUGUACAGUGCUAGAAAAAGGCCAAAUAUGUGCAGAGGAAAUGAAAACGUAGAAGAAAUUUCUCUCGUCAAAACCAAGAUGAAUUCCAGAACAGCAAUCCAAGAGCACCUUACGGAACAAGAAAAAACACCAACAUUGAGAACAGAGUCUUCAGCCUCUAGAUUGAUUAAAAGCACAGAUACACAUUUAAUUCGGACUAGGAACAAAAAUACCGCUUCAAAAUUGCAGGGGUCACUUCUUGAAGAUUCAAAUAAGCUUAGCAUAGACAUACAAAAGCUGCCUCUUUCCUGCACCACCAUCUCUACAGAUAAUUCUGUUUCAAACCAAAAUAAUAAGGAAUUUAUGGAAACAGAUUCUGUAACUCAUAAAGUCUCAAGUUCUGUACAGAUGGGAGAAGUUAAGAUUGGGAAGAAAGAUGAAAUGGAAGGAUUAUUUACAGAGCCUUCCACCACUAAUGAAGGCAUGCCUAAGGGGAGAGCAGGUUUUCAGGCACCUGUUAUGCUGAAGGGUACUCCACACACCAGUAUGGAGACACACAGUAUUGUAGGAAGUAGAGGAAUACCUGGUAGUGCUAGGACACAGAGAACUGACAAAACUGAUGUCAAGCAGAAGAAAAGGAAUAAAACUCAAACAGAUGUGAGCUGUGCUGAGGCGAUGAUUGAUGAGCAUUUUUGUCCUGGUGAAGAGAAAACCUGCAAUAUUCAGAUUCAGAAUGCUGGCAAAAAUGGGAGUGAAAAACCCAAUGGAAUAUUGUUACAAGCUGGAACAAUGCAGAAUGGCAACAGUCAUCCUAAAGAUUUUCUGAAAAGGUCUUUAGUAAAAUCCAGAGGUAUUUGCAAUGCAGAUGGUGUUCAGAAUGAUCCAGCCUCUCAUCUGUUUUCUGGCUCUAGAGACUUUGAAGACAGCAUCCAGUUGGAUACUCAAACUGAGAUGAUAAUAAAACAGGAGGGAGCAGCUGGAAUCACAGGACAGCAGGGGAUACAAGGUUCAGAGCUGGCAGCAAUACCACAGCAGGAAAUAUCAGAAAAACAAAGCAGUUUAUGGACUGAGAACGAUACUGAUAAAAGGCUGGCUGCAACAGUUAGGAAACUGAGCUUCCCAAGUCUUAUCACAACAAGUGACAUUACAAAAAACACAACUCAGCACUGUAGUAAUAAAGUUUUGGAGUCUGGAGGCCUUAAUUUACAGCCUGUAGUGAAGAAAAUAGAACCUGCACCUUGCCUUAAAGAAAGCGAUUUCUCAAUGACUGACUCACAGCUACACAGUUUUCUACAAGAUUACCAGACCCAAAAUUCAGUGAAAGGGGAAAGUGUGUCUAAAGACCUCAAUAAAGCAGCCUCCCAUUUUGGUAGGGAACACAUUGUACAAGUAGAAUGCCACCCUGUCCCUGAAACAAGCCUAAAUAUGAGCAAUAGCUUGCUGUUUGAUGAGAGCUUCAGUAAUGUCAGUGACCUUUCAGCUAUUCACAUCAUGGAAGCUGAUGGAAAGGACCCUGUAGCUUUGCUUCCUCCAGAUGGUGUUUUGCAGAAUCCAAGGCCUGCUGAGAAUAAAUUUGAUGCCAGUGACAAUCAGAAAGAACACGAGAAUCCUGCACAGUGUAACAAUGUGUCUUUAGCAUCCUCAGAUGUAAUAGCAGAAGUUUUAGACCAUGGAAACUCCCCAUCUUUUCUGAAAGACAUUCCUUCUACAUUUCAAGGUCAGUCAGGAUUGAGAAACUCAGUCAUUUGUAACAAUGACCCCAGACCAAAAGACUUAGUAGGAGAUCAAGGUGAAAAGCUCCAGAGAAGCCUCCAAGCUUUUGAGAAGAACCUCCAUUCAGUGGUGUGGACUGAAUGCUCGUUUGAACUAAGCCCAGGAUUGCAGGAUGUGUUGGACAAAUGGCCUAGCCUCUCAGGCAUUGAAACAGCUUCAGCAAGUUCUGGUUUGAAAAAAGAAUUAGUUGCUCCUGUUAGUCAAGAGUCAGAUCCAGUUUUUGAAUUGGACUGUUGUGAGCCAGAGCCUUUGCCCUCUUGCCACGAUUUGAAGAGCUCUUUCAAGGUUAAAGAAAACUUGGAUCUUCAGAAAACAGAUGGUAUAACACUUCAGCUCAAGGGAAGCAACAGAACAUCCUGUCCUGCACCAGAUAGUAAUAAUGGGUUUAUUCCUCCAACACCUCCCAAAGAACUUUUUCCAAAAAGUUCUGUUUCUCUCUCAUCUGCAAGAAAGGGAAAAGUCACCUGCAAGAAGGAAGGGAAGACGAUUCAGCUACAGUGGAAUAGUGAGGGCAAUGCAGAGCAGCAGGUAAAAACAUUCCAGGACAAACUUGAGUGUCUAAACCCAACUGAGACAGAUGCGAUAAAAGAUGAUUCCACUGUAGACCAAGGCUUUUCACUGCAGCUAUCUCAGGAUGUUUUUCCCUUUGUUCCCUUAAGUGCUGAAAGUUUCACUAUUAUUGAUGUAGCAAGUGACAAAGCACUUUUCCAGACUUUUGUUGCAGAAUGGAAGGAGAAAAGCAGAUUCUCCAUCUCAGUGGCAUGUGAAAGAACAAAGUGCCUUUUGUCUCCCAAAUCAACGAUUGGUGGCAAAUUCAAAAAAGUGUGUUCUCCUCAGCGGUUGCAAGUUAAAGAUGACGGAUUUCCUGUCCAAGGAUGCGAAGAUAUCUUGGUAGUUGGACUGGCGGUGUGUUGGGGUGGAAAAGAUGCCUACUAUAUCUCUUUGCAGCAGACCCAAGACCAGACUGAAAUCAGUCUGAGUUUGGCACCCCCACCUCUGGACCAAAGCCUACCUGUGACAGAGAGACUGAACCAUCUGCAGCUGUACCUGCAGAAGACCAAGGAGGAGCGCUCACUUAUCAUGUAUGACUUCAUCCAGCACUACAAAACUCUGCUGAUGGCUUGUGGCAUCUCCUUGGAAGGAAGUUUUGAGGAUCCAAAGGUUGCAUGUUGGCUGCUGGAUUCUGGCUCCAAGGAACAUACCCUUCACAGCAUGGUGACCAACUUUCUCCCCAGUGAGCUGCCCCUCCUGGAAGGAGUGGGCACGGGCCAAGGGGUGCAGAGCCUGGGGCUGAGUGCCAGCAGAGACCAGUCUGGGCGGUACAGAGCAGCCAUAGAGUCUGUGCUUGUCUUCAAUGCCAUGGACCAACUCCACAAGGAAUUACAGAAGGAAAAUCUGUCAGAUGUAUUUUCUAAAGUGGAGAUGCCCACCCAUUAUUGCUUGGCUCUGCUGGAGCUGAAUGGCAUUGGUUUCAGCACAACAGCCUAUGAAACCCAGAAACAGGUCAUGCAGGCUAAACUGAGCCAGAUUGAGACCAAGGCAUAUCAGCUGGCAGGGCACAGUUUCUCCUUGACCAGCCCUGAUGACAUUGCAGAGGUGUUGUUCCUGGAGCUGAAGUUGCCACAAAAUGGAGAUGUGAAAGUCCAAGGGAACAAGAAAACCCUGGGUUACACCAGAAGAACAACUGUUAAAGGAAGCAGGGUCAGGUUAAGCAAGCAGUUCAGUACAACCAAGGAUGUUUUGGAGAAAUUAAAGACACUUCACCCAUUGCCAGGGCUGAUACUGGAAUGGAGGAGGAUCAACAACGCCAUUACUAAAGUGGUGUUUCCACUACAGAGGGAGAAGCGAUUGAAUUCUGCACUGGGAAUGGAAAGGAUAUAUCCAGUUUCACAGACUCACACAGCUACAGGUCGAGUAAGCUUCACAGAGCCAAAUAUCCAGAAUGUGCCAAGAGAUUUUGAGAUUGAAAUGCCAACUGUGGUUGAAGAAAGCCCCCCCUCCCAAGCCCAUGGAAAUGUUAAUUCUUGUGCUGCAUUGGGGGGCAGAUGCAGAAAGCGUUCCAGUAUUUUGCCUAAUGGGCUAAAGGUUCAAGCUGCAAACAGAUCCAGAGAAAGAGGAAUACCAUUUUCUGUUAGCAUGAGGCAUGCUUUUGUUCCUUUCCCAGGUGGCUUAAUCUUGGCUGCUGAUUACUCUCAGCUGGAACUGAGGAUCCUCGCUCAUUUGUCUUGUGACUGUCGCCUCAUUCAAGCCUUGAAUGGUGGUAUCGAUGUCUUUAAGAGCAUUGCAGCAGAAUGGAAAAUGAUCGAUCCCGAAACUGUUGGAGAAAGGACAAGGCAACAAGCUAAGCAGAUCUGCUAUGGAAUCAUCUAUGGAAUAGGAGCAAAAUCUUUAGGCGAGCAGAUGGGGAUUGAUGAAAAUGAAGCUGCCAAUUACAUUGAAUCCUUCAAAUCGAGAUACACAGGGGUUCAGAAAUUCUUGAGGGAGACAGUGCGGAGCUGCAGGAGGGAUGGGUUUGUGCAGACCAUCCUGGGGAGACGGCGCUACCUGCCAGCUAUCAAAGAUCCAAAUCCCUACAGUAAAGCUCAUGCAGAACGCCAGGCUGUGAAUACAACUGUUCAGGGAUCUGCUGCAGAUAUUGUCAAAACAGCCACUGUGAACAUUCAGAGACGCCUGGAAGCUUUCUCCUCUGUGUUCAAGUCCCAUGGACAUCUGGAGAGCUCCUUCCAGAGAGAUAAAACUGGAAGGCUGUCGAGGAGGAGAAACACAGGGAUGUUACAUCCCAUCAGAGGAGGCUUCUUUAUCCUCCAGCUGCACGAUGAGCUCCUCUAUGAAGUUGCAGAGGAUGAUGUCAUCCAGGUUGCUCAGAUUGUGAAACAUGAGAUGGAAAACGCCAUCAAACUCUCAGUGAAACUGAAUGUUAAAGUGAAAAUUGGCCCCAGCUGGGGAGACCUGCAGGACCUGGACCAGUGACAGUGCUGUGUGACUUUCCAAUUGUGGGAGGCAGCAGGCACCAUGGACUGGGCAGGGUGAAGGCCUGGGAUCACCUGCUGGCGGUGUGAUCCUCCUGUGCUGUGUUUCUACUGGCAGGGUACCAAGCUGCCUUCUGAAAAGUGUGGUGGAAGUUGGUAUGAACUCUCCAAGCCAAACCAUCCAGAGCUCAGUCAGAGCACUGAAGCGUGUUUAAACAGUGAAAUUAUUAAUUGUUAAAAAAAGGAUAUUUAAAUUGAUUCUGUCAAGGGUGCUUGAUCUUGUAUAAACCCCCAAAGCCUAAUGAAUUUAUUACAUAUGACAUGAGCUGGAUUGCGUUAUUAAAACAAGGUGCAAACAUAA